CUGUUUAUUUCCGGCGUGAGGCGGAAGUUGGAGUCAGGGGGCUUGUGGAGGUGACCGAAUGGCAGAACGGUGAAACAUUUUGGGAAACAUUAGAUCAGCGCGGAACAGGAACAGACGAAACAUCAUCACUUUUUUAGCCGAUCGUCUACAACAAUGGGUGCUCACCUGGCCAGACGGUACAUCACCGAGACGGACACCGAGCCGGACCCCGCGAGGAAGUACGAGUUCGACCCGCAGUUGGGCUUCGACGAGCGGAAGGAGAGAGAAAUGGUAGCGAACCAGGAGCAGAUGAACUUGGCCCAGCUGCCUUUGGAGCAGAGGGACUACUGUGCCCAUCAUCUCCUAAAGCUCAUGAAGUGCAAGAGAGACAACUGGCCCAACUUCCUGGCCUGCAAGCAUGAGAGACACGACUGGGACUACUGCGAACACCAGGACUACGUGAUGCGUAUGAAGGAGUACGAGAGGGAGAGGAGGCUCCAGCUGAGGAAGAAGAGAAUUGAAGCCCAGGCUGAAGCAGCAUAAUCAGUACAUCCUCUAAUUCUACUUUGUAUAUAUGAGCAGCUGUUCACAAUAAACAGUACUGUUUAAUCUUCA